ACAGAGUCUGUUUGUGAAUGACGUAAUGGGCGAAAAUCAAGAUGGCCACCGUUUACUGGUAGUCUGUUGACCAGAAUUGAGCCGUGUCCCUUUCGCAGUGUCAGUGAUGUGAUGCAAGUGUUUUCUUGAAAGAUCCCGUGGAUAAGAUAAGUGUGUGCUAGGGUCGCCAACCCUGCGAUUUAUUCCCCGCUUCAGUGGUUGGAAUGGACGGCGGGGAGUUUAUCUCCACCAUGGAGAACAUGGACUCCAGUUUAGCGGAAUUGGGGGAUGAAUUCACCCUGGGAGACAUCGACGAGAUGCUGCAGUUUGUCAGUAACCAGGUGGGCGACUUCCCUGAGCUGUUUGACGACCAGAUGAACACCACUGGCCCCCUGCAGACCGCCCCGACCCCCCAGCGCCCGGUCCCCAAGACCCCCAGCGCCCCCCAGACCCCCACCCAGGCCGUGUACCAGAACACCAGUGUGGGCCUGGCCCCGUCCCAGUCGCUGAACCCCCAGUCCCUUCCGCUCACCCCGCCGCUCACCCCGGUCCAGACCGUCUCCGUGGUGGCCUCCGGCGGGCAGCCACAGCAGGUCACACGCACCCCCCCGCUGCUCCAGCCCAGGCCCCACCCCCUGCAGUCCAUCCAGCCCCAGCCCCAGCCCCAGGUCCAGGUGCACUCCCAGGGGAUCCCCAUGCAGACCCAGAGCUUCCCGGUUCACACGCUGGUCCAGACCCAGUGCCAGACCCCCAUGCCCAUCCAGACCCAGGCGCCGCAGACGGUCAUGAUCACCAGCAGCGGCGGCCAAUCACGGUUCAUCCAGAACCCGCUCAUCUGCCACCAGAGCCCCGCCCAUAGUUUCCAAGUCCUGCAGCCUCAGAUGCAGAGCAUCAUGACUCCACAGCUUCAGCCAAUGACCAUCCAGCACCAGAGGGUCCUCACGCCCACUACUGUCCACACCAUGCAACAGCAGAUGCAGCAGGUUCUGGUCCAGCAGCCUCAGAUCUUGAAGACGGACUCUCUGGUUCUGACCACCCUGAAGGCCGACGGGACGCAGGUUCUGUCCACCGUCCAGAACCCCGGCGGCAUCGCCACCCUCACCACCCCCCUCCAGACCACGUCACUGCAGGUACGGAGCCACGAGCACACGCCGUUUCCCCCCUUUCCUCCAAGCUCGAGACGUAACGGGGCCGUCUUCUCCUCCUCUCAGACGCUCAUGGGCAGCAACAUUCUCACCACGCUCCCCGUCAUGAUGGGCGGCGGGGACAAGCUGCCGAUCAAGCAGUUGCAGUCGAGCUCCGCCCACUGCGGCGGCGGCGGCUCCAGAUUCGGCGGGGAGCAGAUCCAGACCAUGAUGGGCACGGUCAUCCAGGGGGGCGUGGUCAAGGAGGGGGAGAGGCGCACGACCCACAACAUCAUCGAGAAGCGCUACCGCUCGUCCAUCAACGACAAGAUCCUGGAGCUCCGCGACCUCGUCAUGGGCAACGAUGCUAAGAUGCACAAGUCUGGCAUUCUGCGGAAGGCCAUCGACUACAUCAAAUACCUGCAGCAGACCAAUCACAGGCUGCGUCAGGAGAACCUCGCCCUGAAGAUGGGCAAUCAGAAAAACAAAGGUGUGGUCUUGUCAGAGGACGUGGACCUCAAACAGGAAGUGGUUAUGAUGUCACCUCCCGCAUCGGACUCUGGCUCCAGCUCACCCCAGUUCUCCCCCUACUGUGUGGACUCUGAACCUGGGAGCCCCUUACUGGACCAUGAGCUGAUGAAGAACGAGCCGGACUCGCCCUCCUCCGUCGGGGUGAUGGACGCGUCGCGCCUCCUGCUGUGCGCGCUCACCUUCUUCUGCCUGUCCCUCAACCCCCUUCCCUCCCUGCUGGGGCCCCCCGGCCCCGGGGCCGGCCUGGGGCCCACACACGGACCCUCCCGGAGCCUCACCUGGCUCCCCCCACACACUCAGAACCUCGCGUCGUGGCUGCGCUGCGUGUUGCCGUGGGUGAUGGUGUGGGUGCUGAGCGGGGUGGGGGCCGUGUGGGGCUGCGUGAGGGUGCUGAACCUCUGGGAGCCCGUCACCCCCCUGCACUCCCCCAGGUCCGUCUCCUUCUGGAGGCACCGCAAGCAGGCCGACCUCCACCUGCACCGGGGAGACUACACGGCCGCACUGGGCAGCCUGGAGACCUGUCUGUCGGUGCUGAGCCGGGCGCUGCCCUCCUCCCGCCUGGACCUGCUGUGCUCCCUGUCCUGGAACCUGGUGCGCUACGGCCUGCACCGCCGCACCCCGCUGGGCUGGCUGGUGCACCAGGUGGGGGGCAAGCUGGAGGGGGAGGAGGCCCGCACCAGCGCCAGGGACGCCGCGCUCGUCUACCACAAGCUCAGCCAGCUCCAGCUCACCGGGAAGCUGCCCCAGCGCAGCAGCCUCUGGGCCCUCUCUCUGUCUCUGAGCGCCGUCAACCUGAGCGAGAGCGCCCUGGGAAACAUGGCCCCCGCCCAGCUGGCCCACAUCUACGUUACCGCGGCAACAGCCCUGAGAUGUGUGCUGGGACACCACCUCUCCUGCCUACCGGGUUACCUGUUGAGCUGUGCCGAAGGCCUGGCCAACCAAUCAGAGCCCAAGCCCUUCCUCGACGGCCUGCGCUGGCUCUUCACCCCAUUGGGCAGGCAGUUCUUCCUGAGCUGUGAUUGGUCUGUGAAGUCGAAGGACUGCGACGGGCUCUACAGCAGCCAGAGAGACACCGCCGACCCUCUGGGCCUACUCCACCGCUGCUUCUGUGAGAAGCUUCUGGAAAGGACGGUUCUCUCUCUGAUCCAGCCGCACAGCGAGCCUGCAGGGGAGUUCUGCAGUGCGUUGGAGUUCCUGCAGCUAUUGGACCGUUGCACUGAGGACCCGCCCUCUUCGGCCCCCUCCUUCCCCGCGCCAGCCAAUCACAGCAGCACGCCAGUCACAGACCCCGUCUGCCGUUGGUGGGCGUCGGCCCUCAAGGCUGCUGUCCAUUGGCUGAAGGGUGAUGAUGUCAUCGUGAGGUCACUGCUGGCUGAGGUGGAGCGGAUGCCCCGUGCCCUACACAACCUGGACCAUCCCCUCCCCCGGGCGGUGCAUGUGUUGUGCAAGGCGGUGCAGCAGAGUCUCUGUGUCCAGAAGGGGGAGGUCUGUCGUCUGGCUCUGUGUGACCGCGCUGGAGGCCUACUCUCCUCGUCCCUCUCCAUCCCCCCCAGUAGCACCACCCACUGGCUCAACACGGGGGUGGAGCUCCUGGUGUGUGACCUCCUCUUGACCCUGCGGACCACCCUAUGGCAGCGAGGGGGCGGCGGCACCAACGGAGAGCCCGGCCCCGCCCCUGCAUCGCAAUUGGCCGGUUUCCAGAGGGACCUGAGUGCGCUCCGGAGGCUGGGACAAAGCUACAGGCAGGCCCAACACAAGGUGUUCCUUCAUGAGACCACCGUGCGCUUGAUGGCGGGGGCUAGUCCCACCCGGACCCACCAGCUGCUGGAGCACAGCCUCCGCCGAAGGACACACACUCCUUACACUACGGAAGGGGGGUGUGUCCUGGGGGAGAGGGAGAGGGCGCAUGCUAUCUUGCUAGCCUGUAGGCACCUCCCCCUGCCGCUGCUGGCUCCACCUGGCCAGCGAGCCCGUCUGCUGGCCGAAGCCAAGCGCACCCUGGAGAGAGUGGGGGACCGGCGAUCGCUGCAGGACUGCCAGCAGAUCCUUCUGAGGCUCGGAGGGGGCACCAGCAUGGCGGCCUCCUGAUAGAGCUCCGCCUGGGGGCCUAGAGCCUCUGGUGGAGCUCCGCCUGGGAGACUAGAGCCUCUGGUGGAGCUCCGCUUAGGAGACUAGAGCCUCUGGUGGAGCGCCACCUGAGAGACUAGAGCCUCUGGUGGAGCUCCGCCUGGGGGCCUAGAGCCUUUGGUGGAGCUCCGCCUGGGAGCCUAGAGCCUCUGGUGGAGCUCCGUCUGGGGGCCUAGAGUCUUUUGAUGGAGCCCUGCUUAGGGGCCUAGCACCUCCUGGUGGAGCCAGCCUAGGGGCCUAGUCUUCUGGUGGAACUCUGCUUAGGGGCCUAGAGUCUCCCGACAGAGCUCUGUCGGGGCCCUGCCACACUCACACACAUAAUGGAUACACACAUGCACACACACACACACACACACACACACACAGGCACACACAAAUGCGCGUGUACAACUAAACAGGCUGUUGAGGAGAGGUUCCCAGUAGGAAGGCUAUCGCUGAGUUUGCAUUGUUAUUAACAUUACCAUAGCUCAAGGGAAGUAUGACGAAUUUGGCCUCAAAGGGAAAGGGGGAGGGAGUGUGUAGUGGUAUAGUGUAGUGGUGCAGUGUCUAGUCCUGUCUACCUCAAACACUGAAGCACCAUUCUGCACCUGAUCGACUCGUACUAUCAGGAAAUCACUUACACGGUGGCUUUUACACAACUAUUUAUCACCGUCAGUUAGGCAAGGCUUUAAGCCAAAGCGCGUUGGGGCAACAAAAACGGGUCACAAAGGAGCAGGUAGGGGUCAGAUACGUGCUUAAGGUUAGGUUUAAUGGCAAGGUGGGGACAUUGGGGACUGAACCCAGGAUGUUAUGUCUGGGAGUAGAACACUGUAGCCACUAAAGCUAGCUAGCUAACAGCUUCAUAUGACUGGCUUUGCUGCUCGCUUGGGAAAAACAGAGGAAGGAAUUCUGCUAAAACAUAUGUAUUUUAUCGUAUUAUCAUGCAUCCAGUUUCAUAGGCUUCCAUUUUAGACACACUUACACACACAUAGACAUACCCACACUCUAGAUUGAAUUAGUGGCUUACAUACCUGUGGUGUGGUCGUAUAUGAAACAUAAUCUUAUGGAAACAUGAGGUGAUGAAGGUGGUUGAGUUUAAGGUUUAUCAAUGGAAAGGAUAAGUUCAGGUAAGCGCUUGGAGGGUAACGGUCAGGGAACAGUCUACACCGUUGCCAGAUAUCAGCCCACCAGUGUGUAUACUGAAGGAAAGUCUUGGAAGUCGCUAGUGAUCAAGAACUGAUGUUUUUUAGAGAUGUUUUUUAUGUUCUUUGUAUGUAAAUCCUCGAGAGCAGGGGUUGGUUUUUACCUUCAUGUGUGAGCUUUGUGGACCUCUGAACGCUUGGGGUUGACUAUUCCUUUUAUCCUUCCUUGUGUUGGCCUUUUAUGUCCAUAUGUAAAGGUUUAAUGAUGUUAAAAACCGUUUCCUCUUCACAUUUUAUUGUGAAAAAUUACAAUCAUGUUCAUUUUUUAUGCGUGCCUGGCAGCGCCGAGUGGCGACCCAUUUAAAGGUGCAGUGUGUAGAAUUUAGUGGCAUCUUACGGAACGGACUUUGCAUGAAUGGAGCAUAAUGAGGUUUUUUUUAAUGACUUUAUAAUCCCAUAAAAAUAAGAAAGCAUUUCCAUUACCUAAGAAUGAGCCCUUGAUAGCUACAUUCCAAUCCUUGGAAGACGUCUUCCAAUCCUUGGAACUCGUCUGGAAGGGAUAAACAUUGCUAGCGUCCCUAACUUCAUCCAUAAGGUUCUCGAUGCUGUCGUAGACGAUGACCUCAUUUUGGAAGUACAGACCAACGUAGAUUCUCCUACGUUGUUGAAAUCUGCAUCCUCCAAUUGGAUAUCACUCAUUGCUAAACACUGCACCUUUUUUAAGAUAUUUUUUAUUAAUAUCAAGAUGUAGAUUAUAUUCGAAUGUUAAGUCAACAAUUGGCCAUGGUUUGACGUCAUCUGAAAACUCUUUAGAAUAUUAGUUAUAUUAUGUUACCAAAUUUCUGUAUGUUUCUUUUAUUUGUGUUGUACUUUUCGAUUUGUACGUUCAUGUGGAUUUUAUUUUUAAAUAAAACAAGUGGUAAAAGCUGA